UAGGAUCAUUCGUGAAACACAUUUGAAAACAACUUGUUCUGUCGCGCUCCAUCUUCGAUGUCGUACACUGAUUUUUUGUGUUAUUUUUCGUUGCUUUGGCAAUUCGCUUUUCCUAACGUGCAUCUUUGUCAGCAAUCCAAUUCAACAACCAUGAAAAUCGUUCCAUUUUUACAUCAAACUUGUCGUAAUUCAAUAUAUCCACAAAGUAACGUACGCCGAUUCCCAGUGCCAGACCAUUUGAUUGCUUGGAUUGAAAAAUAUGACGAAUACAAGCCAGAAUUCUAUGAAUCACCGGGACUUAUCGGCAAACCAUGGGCCGAUCCAUCAAUCAAUGAUGUCGACUUUCAUCCAAAAUGGAACGCAAUCGAUGGUAAAAUUGAUCGCACUACAUUCCAUGGCAAAUAUGAAAUUCGGGACAAUUAUCCAUUGAAUGUGGCCGGUCGCACUGGAAUUACGGGCAGAGGAUUGUUGGGCCGUUGGGGUGUCAAUCAUGCAGCCGAUCCAAUUGUUACCAGAUGGAAACGAAAUGUCGACGGGACAAUCGUAGAGAAUGUAUCAUCGGGAAAAAAUAUACUACAAAUGGUGGCCAUUCAACGACGCGAUAAUCACCAGUGGGCAAUACCGGGUGGAAUGGUUGAUGCUGGCGAAAAGGCAACCGCUACCUUAAAACGUGAAUUCAUUGAAGAGGCCAUGAACAGCAACAAGACUCAUGAAAUUGAACAAUUUUUCGAUGAGAAAGGAAUCGAGGUUUAUUCUGGUUAUGUUGAUGAUCCUCGAAACACCGAUAAUGCCUGGAUGGAAACGACAGCGUACAAUUUCCACGACGAUUCCGGCGACACAUUAAAUCACAUCAAAUUUGAAGCGGGCGAUGAUGCUGGCAGCGUCAAAUGGCUGGAUGUAGAUGAGCGUAAUAAAUUGUAUGCCAGCCAUCAAGACAUUGUAAAAAGAGUGGCCACACGUUUAAAUGCCCAUUGGUAGAUUAUAAAUCAUAUUCCAUAAGGGACUAAAAAAACCAAACAAACAAUUGUGAUUGAAAUAAUUAUUUUUAUUUUAUUAUUAUUUGUUUCAAUAUGAAGUUACAGAACAUUAUUUGAUUUCUAAAUCUAUAUUUCAUUGUCAAAUAAACCAUCAAAUACUAUCUCAAA